AUGCCUGAGUUCAAGAUCUCCGCUUCUUUGGAGGGCCACGGCGAUGAUGUUCGCGCCGUGGCCUUUCCGAAUCCCAAUGCUAUAUUUUCGGCGUCGCGAGAUGCAACAGUCCGACUCUGGAAACUAGUCUCUACCCCACCUCCGGCAUAUGACUACACCAUCACCUCUCACGGCCAGGCCUUCAUCAACGCUUUGGCAUACUACCCACCUACCCCCCAGUUUCCCGAUGGACUUGUCCUUUCCGGUGGUCAAGAUACUAUCAUUGAAGCCAGACAACCAGGCAAAGCUGCCGACGAUAACGCGGAUGCUAUGCUCUUGGGCCAUACACAUAAUGUCUGUGCGCUGGAUGUGUCACAUGAUGGCGGAUGGGUAGUCAGCGGAAGCUGGGACUCGACAGCUAGACUAUGGAAAGUGGGUAAAUGGGAAACCGAUGUCGUGCUGGAGGGCCAUCAAGGAAGUGUUUGGACGGUGCUUGCCUAUGACAAGGAUACGGUCAUCACAGGCUGCGCGGACAAAAUAAUACGUAUUUUUAACACCUCUGGCACACUGCUGAGAACAAUCGAAAAUUCACAGGACGUUGUGAGAGCUCUUUGCAAGGUUCCCGCUUCGAACCCCACCGGGGCGCACUUUGCUUCGGCGAGCAACGAUGGAGUGAUUCGUCUUUUUACCAUACAAGGCCAACUCGUCGGGGAGAUGCAUGGCCACGAGAGCUUCAUUUAUUCUCUGGCCGCUUUGCCUUCGGGUGAGUUAGUCAGUUCCGGAGAAGAUCGGACGGUGAGAGUCUGGGAUGGUACGCAGUGCGUACAGACGAUCACACACCCUGCGAUCUCUGUCUGGAGCGUCGCAGUAUGCAAGGAGACCGGCGACAUUGUUACAGGAGCCAGUGACCGAAUCACACGCGUGUUUAGCAGGAGCCAGGAGCGCGUGGCAAGCCCAGAAGUAGUACAACAGUUCGAGAAGACUGUGAAGGAGUCGGCAAUCCCAGAGCAGCAGAUUGGGAAGAUCAACAAAGAUAAGCUUCCGGGUACGGAGUUUCUCAGGCAGAAAUCCGGGACCAAGGACGGGCAGGUGCAGAUGAUCCGUGAGGCCGAUGGUAGCGUUACUGCUCACACUUGGUCAGCGGCCUCACGGGAAUGGGUUGCGGUUGGCACGGUAGUUGAUUCCGCUGCCAGCAGUGGAAGGAAAACGGAGUAUCUGGGUCAAGACUACGACUAUGUCUUUGAUGUCGACGUGGAAGACGGCAAACCCCCCCUCAAAUUGCCAUACAACGUCUCUCAAAACCCCUACGAGGCUGCGACCAAGUUUAUCCAGGACAACGAACUGUCGAUGAAUUACCUUGAUCAAGUUGCUCAGUUCAUCGUUCAGAAUACGCAAGGUGCGACUCUUGAGAGGCGUUAUCGUCCUGAAGAUGCGCAGUCGCCCCCUGCUCCUGAGGCCCGACCGAAGGUCCUUCCGCAAAAAACAUAUCUUUCCAUAAAAUCUGCUAAUCUUAAACUGAUCGCUAAGAAGUUGCAAGAGCUGAACCAACACGUCAUAUCCUCCGGAUCGAAAGACCUGUCGCUCAGCCCUUCAGAGUUGGAGACGGUGGCAACCUUGUGUGGUCAGUUGGAGUCUUCGAAUGUUGAGCAGUCUCCGGCAGUGGAGGCUGGUGUUGUUUUACUAUACAAGGUCGCAACCGUCUGGCCCGUCGCAAGCAGACUACCAGGUCUUGAUCUUCUCCGCUUGUCCGCCGCUGCUACUCCCGUGACUGCCACUGCAGAUUACGAUGGCAAGGAUCUCAUCUCAGGGAUUAAGUCUAGCGGGGUGUUCGAUUCACCGUUCAAUGUCAAUAAUGCGAUGCUGUCAAUACGCAUGCUCGCCAACCUUUUCGAAACGGAUGCGGGACGUGACCUGGCCACUAGCAAGUUUGAGCAGAUUCUGAGCGGCGUCAAGUCCGCUUUAACCAACAGUGGGACGACGCCGAACCGAAAUCUCACCAUUGCCAUUACAACACUCUACAUCAACUUUGCCGUUUACCUGACCUCUGCGGGCAGAGAAUCGAUGCCUGAGUCAUCGGAACAGGCUCUGGUGCUUCUCGGCGAGCUAACGACAUUGAUUACCGGUGAAAAGGACUCUGAAGCAGUCUACCGCGGCCUUGUGGCUCUAGGGACCUUGAUCAAGGGACUAGGGGAAGAAGUCAGGACUGCGGCCAAGGAAGUGUACGAUGUCGAUGAUGUUUUGAAGAAGGUUUCAAGCUCUGGUCUUGGUAAAGAACCAAGAAUCAAGGGUAUCAUAGGCGAGAUCAAGGAGUCGUUAUCAUCAAGGUAUAAAAUGUUGAGGCCCGGGUCUUAA